AGGUGCUGGGAGCAGGGAGUUUGGUGGCUGGGAAGACAGUGACUGGAGGCAGCAGCGAGGAACAAGCAAAAGCCGAGGUUGACGGGGAGUUAUCGCAGCAGCUCCGGACAAUGUUUGUGAACAACAGGCAGAGGGAGCAGGCGAAGAGGGAGCAGCGAUGGAGGACUUCACUGAGCCGCAGUAAGAGUGAGCCGGGCGGCCGGCCCCUCGCACAGCGAUACGCGCAGCUCCAGGAGUGCGAAGACGCCUGGAAAACAAAGCAGGACGAUGGAGGCUCAGACGGUACAGAGUGUCUACAGCAAUGGGCUCCUGUCUACUCCUCUCUCUAUGUCCCCACUGUGACACAGAGCCUCCAUGUUCUGAAUCUCCAUCAGCGAGCGCGGACGGAGGUAUCGGCACAGCUGACAGUGGAGGAGAGGAAGCGGCUGAUGACCAAGCGGGAGGAGGAGUGGAAAUGUCAGGGCAAAGGGGCGGCAAACGACUCGGGACAGUUCACAGUCGCCGGCCGCAUGGCCAGUAAAGGCCUGGUUUCCCCCAGUGGGCGUGAGGAGCCAGCCCCCACCUUUAAGAAAGUUGACCCAGCGGCCGGCACCCUCAGCCCCCCCCUGACAGAGAUCGCCCGCCUCCCUGACCAGCCCGUGGAGAGCGACGAGGGUCUGGACAAACUGGAGUCUUUCCUGAACCGGCUUCACACCAAGACUGCAGGUCACCGGGAGACGACCCUGGAGGUCACAGCACAGACGGUCAGGGAGGUCAUGCGCCCAGACGAUGAGGAAACGUUCUGCAGGUUUUACCGUCCGCCAUCAGCGAUGGUCACGGGCAGCCCCACGGACAUCAGCCAGAGCUUCGACCUGAUUCUGGACAGCGGCUCAAACAGGCUGACGUCAGAGAUGGCGGAGCACAGGCGCUCGGUGAGGCCGUUGAGAAGGACGCAGUCCUCCCGGAACCCUCUGCGAGCGCUGGCCGCCCGGGAGGACCUGCGGCAGGAGUACACCGAGCUGCGGCUCAACGUGGCAAGCGUGGAGGCCGAGAGGAUCCGAGCGGAGAAACUGGCCAAACACUCAACGUUCUCGGACACGGCUCUGGCUGGGCUGGCGAGCAAGGAGAACUUCCAGGAGGUAAACCUGCGCAGUGUGCGGGGCUCAGGAGUCCCCUCCCACCACCACAAGGUCACGCUGAUACAAGUCAAAGGUCGCCGGCAUGUACAGAGCCGCUCGGUGGAGUCCAGCGCCCACUCCCUCAACAGCGGCGACUGCUUCCUGCUGCUCGCUCCCCGACACUGCUUCCUGUGGGUGGGCGAGUUCGCCAACGUGAUCGAACGCUCUAAGGCCUCUGAGUUGGCCACCUAUAUCCAGAGGAAGAGAGACCUUGGCUGCCAAGCACCUCAUGUCACGGUGAUUGAGGAGGGAAUCAACAGCGAGAGCCCACAGAGCCGGAAAUUCUGGGAACUCCUUGGUGGCCAGACUGAAUAUCAACUUGCCGGGGAGCCGGAGGAGGACGAGGUGUACGAAGCCGCGGUCACGGAGACAAACUGUGUUUAUCGUCUGCGGGAGGACAGACUGCUCCCCGACACCCAGGCCUCGGGGAGCGUCCCUCGCUGCAGCUUACUGUCCCCCACACAGGUGCUGGUGUUUGACUUUGGCAGUGAGGUGUACGUGUGGCACGGGCGGGAGGUGCCUGUGGGGCAGCGGAAGUUGGCGACGGAGUUGGGGAAGCAGCUGUGCGGCGUUCCCUACGAUUACAGCCGUUUCCCGGUCAAUCCACUGAAUCCCGGAGCCCGGCCGAAUGGGGCCCCAGCGCUGGGGCCGGCGAGGCCAGGCUGGGUGACCUGCGUGCGUCUGGCCGAACACAACGAGACGAUCCUGUUCAAGGAAAAGUUCCUGGACUGGACGGAAUGUCGGGGUUCCCUGCAUCGGGAGCCGGAGAGCGCCGGGGAAUCAAAGGGAGACCGGGAGCUGGAGCUGAGCCCCUGUGACGCCCGGACGCUCCUCCCGGGUCCCGGGAAGCCGCCGGGAAUGCUGCUGGAGGGGGUGGAUGUGCGACGAGGCUACGGCAAGGUGUCGCUGGGGGAGGGCAGGGCGGCUGAGGUCAGCACCGUCGCUGUGAGGGUCUGGCACGUUGCUGAAUGCGAGCACCGCCCCCUGUCCCCCGAGAGCCACGGACAGCUCCACGAGGCUGAUACCUACGUGGUUCACUGGCGAUACACGGUGACCAGCCUGGUUUCCCGGCGCGGUGCUGACCAGUGCGGAGCCCAGGCUCUGGGGAAGGAGAGAAGCUGUUACUUCUUCUGGCAGGGCCGUGCGUCCAGCACCGGGGGGAGGGCAGCAGCCGCGCUGGUCACCGUGGAGCUGGGGAAGGAGAGCGAGGCCCAGGUGCUGGUGUCACAGGGAAAGGAGCCCCCCUGCUUCCUCCAGCUGUUCCGGGGAGCGAUGGUGGUGCACGCCGGCCACAGGGAGGCACUCAGGAGCCCAGGCCCCUGGCGGCUGUACCUGGUGCGGGGGGAGUUGGCCGAGGAGGGGGCGCUGCUGGAGGUGGGGUGUGCGUGUGCCAGUCUGCGGUCACGGGCAUCGCUGGCGCUGGUCAGCGCGGAGCGUGGCCGCCUUGUCCUGUGGCACGGCAGCAAAGCCCUGCCCAGCGUCAGGGCCGUGGCUCACACCGCCUGCCAAUGGCUGACUGAGCGACGGCCCCGGGAGCUGGGGGAGUGGUGCCGGGAGGCGGUGUCGGUCACGGAGCUGGAGGAGGGGGCCGAGACGCCGGAAUUCUGGGUGGCGCUGGGUCAGGAGAACCGCACAGCGUACGACUGUAUGUUACAAGAUCCCGGGAGGUGUAACUUCACGGUGCGGCUGUUCAGGAUGAGCGCGGCUUCAGGGCAGUUUGCGGUGACGGAGCUGGUGAGCCCGGUGCGAGAUUCCGGCACGGUAACCACGAUGCCUUUCCUACAGGAGGAUCUGUAUUGCGUCCCCCAGCCAGCUCUGUUCCUAUUGGAUAACCAUCUGGAGGUGUAUGUGUGGCACGGCUGGUGGCCGGAGAGUGAGAUCACCGGCUCCGCAAAGCUCCGGUGGGACGCGGAGAGGAGGUGUGCCCUGGAGACCGCCCUGCAGUACUGCUCAGUGAAGAAUCCCAACCACCCUCCACAGGGCUAUGUGGUGCUGGCCGGCUCCGAGCCCCUCAUCUUCACCAACACCUUCCCUCGGUGGGAACCCGGAGCCCAGACACAGCAGGGCAAGGGGAGCAAGGCGGUGCUGGUGCAGGACGCCCUGAGACGCUUGUGUAAGACCCGGUACAGCCGGGAGGAGAUCAUGAGCAGACCUCUCCCCGAGGGCGUGGACCCCCACAGGCUGGAGACGUACCUGAAUGAUGAGGAUUUUCUGCAAAUCCUGGCCAUGACCCGGGAGGAAUUUUACCAACUUCCCGGCUGGAAGCAGAUCAACUGGAAGAAGAGUAAAGGCUUGUUCUGAUCGGCCUCACCGGGAAGCUGGGCUUGUGUCAUUGGUUACACAGUGCCUCAGCCUCAACCCCCAUCUCUCUCUCUCUCCAUCUCUCUCUCUCUCUCCAUCUUUCUCUUCAUCUUUCUCUCUUUCUGAGGUAACACUAUAGGGACUGAUUGCACUUUUUAAACAAACUUUCUCCCUGUUUUUAUGCUAGGAAAAUAUUAAAAGUGGAAAUGUUGCUGCUGAAAUCCUGGGAUUUGUCACCCCGAUUGGUCUAAAGGGGAUCGGGAUUAGUGAGCUCCAGUCAGGGAGGGAAGCAGGAAGGGAGGGAGCACCAGCACAGACACCAUAGCUCUGCGAUUUCUGCUUAUUUUAAGAUUAUUUUACUGCAGUCUGAAGUCUUUUAUAUCUAAUAAUCUUUUAGAUCCCCUGGUUUACAGUGGGUGAGGUGGGGAGGGGGAUA